CCAUAUUGAAGACGAGGUUCUAUCAUUUCGAGGUUGAAGGAGCAGGAUGACUAAGGAUGGGGAUGUGAUAUCCAAUCCUGAUGUUGUCAUGGGCAUUGUGGCUAACCAUGGUGGUGGAGCCGAGGGACUGAUGUCUAUACCGAUCAGCACGUGCACGCUGGUGUCGAGAGACGAACAUGGCAAUGAUGUGUGUGGUAUCGGAGGAACAUGUUCAGUGGCAAACGUCCACACCCUAGGUGGGUUUAAGCCGGAAACAACAGCAUUACAGUGCUUGCUUGCUGCUCCAAUCUCUGCGCCCCAAAUUGUUGGCAAUCCUGAUGCCAUUCAGGUUAUCACGAUGCCGGCACCGUCGGAUGGGAUUGCUCGGAUUUGGCAGGUGAUUCCCAACCCAGACAAUCCUGAGAUUGCAGCGCUCAUUGCAGUGAAUAAUGCGGGAGAAUAUGUGCCAAAAUCUGAUGCGAAUGAGACUGGUCCUCAGUUUGUACAUGAUAAUGUGCCUGGUGGUGAAAUGUUGUCGGUUACGACGGAGGCUGGUGUAAUGAUGCCACCACCAGCUCCACCUCAACAAAUGUUUCCAGUUGAUUUUCCGGCUUGGGCAUUAAAACUAAAAAAUUGUGAGAAAAUUGGAGACUCGUAUCGUGGGUAUGUGGAGAAUGAAGUAGAACUAGAUACGUUACUGACUCUUCACAAACAACAGACUGCCAGCUUCUGGGGGACACGCCAAUCGCCCAGCCCAGCAAAGCCAUCAACACGACUGAUGUGGAAGUCUCAGUAUGUGCCCUUCGAUGGAAUGCCUUUUGUUAAUGCAGGUAGCAGGGCAGUGGUACAGGAGUGUCAGUAUGGACCCAGACGGAAGGGAAAUCCAUAUAAAAAGACGGUAGAGGAUAAUUCUAAAGUGUACAGACAAACAUGUCCUGCAAGAAUCUACAUUAAAAAAGUUAAGAAAUUCCCUGAUUAUGCCGUUGAUGUGAAUGUGGACAAGAGAACGCUAAAAGGAGCCAUGGAUAAAGCUUUUCAAGAGUUGAAGGAACGAGGCAUCCCAGAUGGUUAUGGUGAAGAAAGGUUUUACAUCCAGCUGCCCACAGAAAAGGCUCACGAAUUUCACGACGAACAAGCCACGCCAGCUGCGGCUCCACCUAAAUACACCCCGAACUCGGAAGUGGAGAAAGAGGAGAUAGACGCGUCGAGUCGACGACUACAUCCACAAGUUGUUCAGAAAAUCCGAGAUCUUGUGUCUGGGGGUGAGACGAGGGUUUAUCACAUCCGACGGCAGCUCAGAAUGUUUGUCAUGCGUGAUGUCUGCCAUGGAAACAUUCCAGAGCGACAUGAUCUCACAUUAUUCCCGACAAUUAAUGAUCUCAAAAACCAUAUCCAUCAGGCACUGCGAGAUAUUGAGAAUGGCACACUUCCGCUCACGGCUUCAACUGUAAACGUUGAGAUAAUAACGACUCCAGACAAGAACGGACCGAGUGUGUCGAACGUGGAGUUCAAUCAGGUGAAUCCAGCCAUGUGGGUCGGCAUGCCUAUAGCUCAGGAAGGACCCGUGCCAGAAACCGUCACUGUCACGCUCACGCAGAACCCAGGAGAAGAUGGUCACCAUAUUGUUUCUCGCAUUGAGACGCACCUCAGUGAUGGGACGACUCAAGUCAGCACAACGCUGACACCCGAAACAGCCGAACUACUCUCUAGACUUCACCCCGGCAUGUUCUCUGCUAGCAAUCUCUUACAGCUAACUCCUACGCUAACCAACCUUACACCCAACAUUCAGCAAGCAGGACUGCCAAAUAAUGCACAGCAGAUAGUUGUGACUGAUGAAAUGGCCGGCAGUUCGGUCCCACAGGUCAGUGAAAUGGAAACGCAGCCACAGGACUGCAACCCACUGGACACUGGACCACCACUUCACAUUGUGGACAACUCCAUCGUCCACUCGGACAGUCCAGAUGAACAAAACAACCUUGCUGUUUCUAUGGCUACAACUGAACAUGAGCUAGCACAGCUGGAUUCCAGUAUUUCAGAACAAGACAUUUCCCUGGAGGGCUAAAACAGCAACAGAUACAUGAUCUGUAUCCACAGGACAUUCAGCCUGGAUCGUUGAAGUUUAAUACACUGAAAUAUUGUAUCAACAAUUUAACAUUUCCCAGGAUGGAGGAAAUAUCACACAAAUAAUAAUAACAAGAUAUUUUCCUGGAGUGUUGAAAUAUCUGGCAAAUUAAUAUAUAAUAUCACUGUAUUACACCUUCCAUUGGUACUUUAUAGAUUUAGAUGGUGGUAUUUUCAAAAACAACAUUUCUGGUAACCUAGUGAAGGUCCAAUUAAUCAUGUUUGUCAAGUAUUGGUCGUUUCAAACCAUUUGACCAGUUAUUUGAGCACAACUGGAUGAUUGAGUUCAACACAGUACUAUACAGUUUGUUUUCUUCUAUUCCUGUGCACUACUGCAUAGGUUUACAGACACAUUCUGUUUAAAUGUGCUAUUUAUACAAAGACUGGCACAGAUAUAUUUAAUAUAUAAAUGAUGUUUGUCUUAAAAUAACAAACAGAUUUAAGUUCCCCAAAGCACAGUCUACGUUUUAGUUGAUUAUUGAUUGGUUUGGUCACACUGAUUAUUGAUGCCAAAAUUACACCUCGAUCGUUUCCAACAUUAGAUUCCAAAUUUUCUCAUGAUACCAACAAGUUUUUUUGAUAUUAUCUUAUUGGUAUCAGCAAUUUGUUCUGGUUAUUAGACAUGGUCGUUUCCACUGAACUGAUGUUUGAAAUAUUUUCUGUGGAUACUGAAUGGAAUGGCUUACAUAUAAACUAAUUUAGGAUUUUUCUUGACUGUACAAUUGUUCAACAUCCAAAUACCAGAUAGCUUCAUGUUUCACAACAGUAACUACAAAAUGAUUAUUAUGUUGUUCCUAUUUCUGUGUGUUAUACAGAUUGGUGAAUGUUGGUUUGUCAAGCUUCAUGUUUCCCUACUACAAAACUUAAUGUGUUGUUCCUAUUCCUCAGUGCUAUACAGAUUGGAAAAUGUUGAUUUUGUCCAAUUCAGUAUUAAUUAUUGUACAGUGUAGUGCAAAAGUUGUUUGUAAGAUGGUUUACGUCAUGUUAUGACUAUUAUAUACAACAAAUUUGAGAGUUCUGCUACCAUUUGUUUCCUUUACUGUGAAGUUUGACAUCUUUAUGCUCACCUAAGAAAGAAAUAAUGAAUUUGCUUUUCCUUUAUACAAAUUGUGGUUUGUUGCCCCUCGCUCACAAUACAUGCCCGAUGUUAUUAAGUUUGAAUUUUGUAUAUAGCUUUAUCAUGUAUAGUUACAUAUCAAGUUUAACUUUCAUUGUCAUAAAUUUACCAAUUUUUCACAUAGUUAUGGCCCUUUACCUUGGGCGUGGGUAGGAGAUAUGUAUUCUUCAGCAGUACUCUCGGUUAACUUGGGCAUGGGUAGGAGAUAUGUAUGCUUUAGCAGUACUCUCAGUUAACUUGGGCAUGGGUAGGAGAUAUGUAUGCUUUAGCAGUACUCUCAGUUAACUGUGGCAUGGGUAGGAGAUAUGUAUUCUUCAGCAGUACUCUCAGUUAACUCUGGCAUGGGUAGGAGAUAUGUAUUCUUCAGCAGUACUCUCAGUUAACUCUGGCAUGGGUAGGAGAUAUGUAUUCUUCAGCAGUACUCUCAGUUAACUUGGUCAUGGGUAGGAGAUAUGUAUGCUUUAGCAGUACUCUCAGUUAACUUGGUCAUGGGUAGGAGAUAUGUAUGCUUUAGCAGUACUCUCGGUUAACUUGGGCAUGGGUAGGAGAUAUGUAUUCUUCAGCGGUACUCUCGGUUAACUUGGGCAUGGGUAGGAGAUGUAUUCUUUAGCAGUACUCGCAGAAUGCUUGUUACAUCAGGGAUCAGAAUUAAGAGUUUGUUACCUAUGACAGUUUCUGUGUAGGCAAAUUACUGACCUAUAGUAAUUUUAAGUCUGCCAAUAGCAUUUUUAACCAGUAACAAAUCAACAAAAUUAAAAAACCCAAAAUCUUCCUCCAACCAAAAGUAUUCAUUUUUAUUCAGUAAAGCACCUUACGACAACUGCCAUCAGUGUUGCCAUGAAGUUGGAGUUCUGUUAGGUAAAAUAUGUAAUCCAUGUUUCCUGAUCAUGAAAAGCAUACCAUACUUAAAGAUUGUGGCAACUUGAAUGCUACUUAGGGUUUUCGUACAAAUAUCAGAGCUGUAUCUUUUGGAAAGGUAGGUGGGGUGGGCAUUAAAAAGAAAUAGUACAGCAAUAUGUUCUCCAGCUAGACUCUGACACUUCUAAAUUACAGUGGGCAUCUUGUGGUAUUUUUCUUAGGAGGGGGAUGCCUCAUCACCACCACCCACUUGUACCAUGUCAUAAGUUGAUUGGGUGUAUCGGAUUCAUCACAUUUAGAAAUUCCCUACAUUGUACAUUGAUCUAUGAAGUUCAUGUUGGCUGUAUUUCCGUUUACAUUACUGUGAUGAGACCAUUGUUGAUGAUGUAUGUUUUUCAUUAACAGUUUCCAUGGUACGACCUUCAUACAAGUCUUGUAGUUGCAUCCGUUGUAUUGAUAAACAAUAUAUUUUGUCUGUGUGUAGAGGGAGGGAGGUGGAGGAGACGGGGGGGGGGGGGACUUUAAACACUGCCACCUUUAGAAAAUACUGCUAUAGCUACUGAUCUCUGCACACACCAUCAACCUCUUAAUUUCAAAUUGAAUAGUCAUUAUUUAGUGCAACUGAAAUAGAGACACGGAUCCAUAUAGUAUGUUUUAUGUACAUCUGUGCUGUUAAUAAAUAUACACUUACGUUUGCUGUAUGACAUAUUAACUUGUUUCACGCGAUAAAUACAAAUUCUGUAUCUUGUGUAAUAAAUUAUAAAUUUAGGCAUGUGUGUGUGUGCUUGUAUAUGUGUGUUGAGGUAAAUAUUUAUUAUUAUAAAUAGUUGUUAAUGAGAACCAUUAUGAUGUUUUGUUGUUGUCUUCAGGUUAUAUGUGGUUGAAAAUACGUUUUUCACAUCAAAUGUGAGAGAACGAGUUUGUCUUUCAUCUUAGAGAACUAAGACAUGUUGUAAGAAAUGAAAUCCGCUAAUGUUGCAUGUUUGUCAUUGUGAUGCAUUGUUUAUGGAGUUCUUCUGUAUUUAAAUUCUAUUUUUCAAGUUGAAAAAAAUACAUUUAUAAGUUUUCAUUAUCAUUUUGCGUGAUACAAUUUGCUGUUUUGUAACCUGUGCUCUUGUAGUAUUCUUUAUAUUAUGUUUUGAAAAUGUUAUAAUUAACAAGUCUGAUGAUACUACAUGUACUAGUUAUCAAAUAACUAAGAUCUACUUUUAUUACCAACAGCAUCAGCAUCAAUUGUUUUCUUACAGUGCCAGUUUGGUCCCAAAAUAUAUCAAACGGUAUUUUAUUAGUUUAGUUACUGAACCCAAUCUUUACACUAUGGUAAUAAAGAAGUCAAUGGAUUCCUAAAGCCUUUGUCUUUAGUUUUCAGUAUUGGUUUAAUCCAGGCCCCGAAUAGAAUUGUUUUUCAAACUGAUUGCAUAAAUAUGUUCUAUGUCUUAAUAAGUAUAAAUUCUAUACUUAAAUACACAUUGGACAUUUAACAUUCAAAACAUGAAAUGUUAUUUAUUCCCUCAGCUCUUGCUGCUAAUCGAAAAAGAGUAGCCUAUGAAGUGGCAACAGCAAGUUUCCUCUCUCGAUAUCUGUGUGGUCCUUAACCAUACAUCCGACGCCAUAUAACAGUGACUAAAAUGUGAAGAGUGCGUCGUAAAUAAAACAUUUCUUUCCUUAUUCCCUCAGUUUUCACUGAAUAAAUGGAAAUAUAUAAUAUUGUUUUGCUGCUUAAAACGGUUGCAUUUCUUAGCUUUUGCUAAAUGUCUGCAUAAUAUACAAUUGUUUUAGCUCUACUAUUUAUGAUCAUCAGCAGAGCAUUUCCAGUACCAAUUUGUUCAUUCGUCAACUUUAUUUUCUAAGUGACUGACAUACCAGGUACUGUAUACUAAAAUUAUACUGGCUUGAACCUCUGUAAAUUUGUUUCAACAUAUUGCUUUAAAGAAACAAGACCAUCUGAUUUUUCUUUUUAUAGUUUAAUAGGUAAACACCAAACAGUUAAUUUGCUUUAGUAUGGCAAUGCUCAAAUGUUAAAUAUGACUAGUUGUACUUGGCGUUUCAAAAUGAUAUGUUACAUAACUAUGUACAUGUCUUUUAUAUAUUUUGUACUCUUUAUUUAUGAAGCACAGUAAAGUGGUUGCAAAUAUAA